AUUGAGGCUUGCGAGGUGAGCGCCCGUGUGGGCUUGCCACGGCCUCCAGCGAUGGCGCCCUGCCGCGUGAAGAACGGUGUCCGCCGUGCUCCCCGCGAGCUGCGCCCCUCUCGGCCUUGCGCGCCCUCCACCUCGGACUCCUCGCGGCGCCCGGGCCGGCCGCUCGUCGCACCGGAUCGUCCACGCAGGUGGAGCCGUCCAACCCGCCCCGAAACUCGAGCCUCGCUCAAGAGCAAGGAGGCCCCGCGGGAGCCCGCCCUGGAGGGCUCCGCGCUCCACGGCUCGAGGCGCCCCGCGGAGGCCCGCUGCGGCACGGCGGCGCGGGCGGGCGGUGCCGAGGCGCGGGCCUCGGCACGGGGCCCGGAGAGCGCCGAGCAGGACGGGAGGCUGGGCCAGGGCGUGGCCGCCACGCACGGCGUCCGCGCGCUGGCGGCCUACGACCAGAAGGCGCAGAGGUGGUCGUACGUCAUGUGGACGUUCUUCGGCGUCGUCUGGUUCUCGUUUAUGUUGGCCGACGCGUUCGACGACAACGCCGGCGUCACCGUCCUCCAUCGAUGGGUGUGGAGGUUGGACGUCGCGUGCAUGUUGGGCUGCUGCUUCAUGGCCAUGUCAAUGGGCAGCGCGGAGCACCGGGCUGCCGAAGAGCGGAGCGCCAGGGAGUAG